CCCCCCCCCCCGCGCCGCCUCUCCCUGCUCCUCCCGGCCUCUUCCCGAUCCUCCCCAGCCAUGAACAUUCCGGUUUUCACCUCAUAAAGAUGGCGGUGCGGGAUCACUGCAACCUUUAGACUCAUGACUGUCAGAAACAUCGCCUCCAUUUGUAAUAUGGGCACCAAUGCCUCUGCUCUGGAAAAAGACAUUGGGCCAGAGCAAUUUCCAAUCAAUGAACACUACUUUGGACUGGUCAAUUUUGGAAACACGUGCUACUGCAACUCCGUCCUGCAAGCCCUGUAUUUCUGCCGGCCCUUUCGGGAAAAUGUGCUGUCCUACAAGGCCCAGCAGAAAAAGAAGGAAAACCUCCUGACUUGCCUUGCGGACCUUUUCCACAGUAUUGCCACACAGAAGAAGAAAGUUGGAGUGAUUCCACCCAAAAAGUUCAUCUCGAGGUUACGAAAGGAGAAUGAUCUCUUUGACAACUACAUGCAACAAGACGCCCAUGAGUUUUUAAACUACUUACUGAAUACCGUCGCCGACAUUCUGCAAGAGGAGAAGAAGCAGGAAAAGCAAAACGGCAAACUGAAAAACGGCAACAUGAACGAAGCGGAAGAGAACAACAAGCAAGAACUCACCUGGGUGCAUGAGAUUUUUCAGGGAACGCUGACUAACGAAACGAGAUGCUUGAACUGUGAAACUGUUAGCAGCAAAGAUGAAGAUUUCCUCGAUCUCUCUGUUGAUGUGGAGCAGAACACAUCGAUUACUCAUUGCUUAAGAGACUUCAGCAACACAGAAACAUUGUGCAGCGAACAAAAGUACUACUGUGAGACUUGCUGCAGCAAACAAGAGGCACAGAAAAGGAUGAGGGUCAAAAAGCUGCCAAUGAUCCUUGCAUUGCACCUGAAGAGAUUUAAAUACAUGGAGCAGUUACAUCGGUAUACCAAGCUCUCUUACCGCGUGGUAUUUCCUCUCGAGCUGCGUCUCUUCAACACAUCCGGGGAUGCUAUCAACUUGGAUCGCAUGUAUGACUUGGUGGCUGUAGUAGUGCAUUGUGGCAGUGGACCUAAUCGUGGACAUUAUAUUACCAUUGUGAAAAGUCAUGGCUUUUGGCUAUUGUUUGAUGAUGACAUUGUAGAGAAAAUAGAUGCGCAGGCUAUUGAAGAAUUUUAUGGUCUGACCUCUGAUAUAUCUAAAAAUUCAGAAUCUGGAUAUAUUUUAUUUUAUCAGUCAAGAGAGUGACUUGGGAAGACACUUGACUUUUUCCACCCCGAGAGGAGAAACUGACCAACACUGUUAACUGACUUCCAUGUAGACUCAUCCAAUACAGUAUGACAGUGAUAAGCUCAUGCCGAAAUUGUGAACUAAGACUCUCCAUCUUUGACUGGAAGAUCUUUUUUUCUUUAGUCUGAAUCUCAUUAACUACUGCAAGAACAAAUUUA